AAAGUCGACGGAACUAUGAAUUUUGUCCACGGUUUUCCACACAGCUGCAUCUCUUUGGGACUUCUUAUCAACAAGGAGGCAGUUGCUGGAAUUGUAUACAAUCCUAUCCUAGAGCAGUUGUUCACAGCAAAAAAAGGUAAAGGUGCGUUUUAUAACGGCCGUCAGAUUCAUGUGUCUCAAAUUAAGGAGUUGAGUAAAGCUUUGAUCAUGACAGAGGCUGGUACAAGUCGUGACCCUGAAAGACAGAAAGUUCUUUUUGAAAACUUUAAAAUGAUAAUUACUAAGGCCCAUGGUAUUAGAACCUUGGGAUCUGCUGCCUUGAAUAUGUGCAUGGUGGCAUUGGGAGGGGCUGAUCUUAACUUUGAGUUUGGUAUUCAUGUCUGGGAUAUAGCUGCGGGUGACAUUAUAGUCCGUGAAGCAGGUGGCGUCUGUAUUGAUCCUGCUGGCGGCCCAUUUGAUGUCCUAUCUCGUAGGGUCUUGUGUGCAAGCACUGAAGAGCUGGCACAAGAAAUGGCCAAAUAUUUGUGGCAAUUUUAUCCUGAGAGAGAUUAAAUAUAUGGAUGUGUUUUGAGUCUCAUUAGGCUAAGUUGGUUAUGUAAGUUGAUCAGUAAAUUUAAAGCAGUACUUAAAACAGUUAAAUCUAUUAUUACUAUGAAUUAUUAUUUUAUGGUUGAUGUGACUAGUCUGUUCUAGAAUUUACUGUACUUAAUAUUAGAAUUUAGAAUAUUAUUUAUUUAGAUCACUAUUUGAUAGUGACUCUGAUAAUACAUGUAAUGAACAGAA